AUGUCGAAGCCCGCUGCCAAAAUAUAUACCUGUCGACGUGCCUGGUGGUGUUCGGCUUCGAAGGUAGCGCAGCAAAAGGAGAAGAUGUAG